AUGGGUGAAGCAGAAGAAAUACAAGUAGGAGAAGUGGAAAAGGCUGCAACAGCUACAAUUCGGCGGAAACCUGUACCCACGACCCUGCCACCGCGAACCCCUAAUACAGCUGGCAACCUCGUGAACCGAUGGAAGAAACUCUCGCGCCGAGCCCGCAUCCUGGUCUUGGUCGUUAUCCUUGCGAUCAUUGCACUUGUUAUCGGCCUCGCGGCAGGUCUUUCGACGCGCAAACACAAGCAGAACCUACCACUGCCUUCGGGAAACGGGGGUCCCUAUACCGGCGAUCUGACCUACUACGAGCCGGGUCUGGGAGCUUGCGGGAUUUCGUCCAGUGACAGCGACAAGAUUGUGGCCAUCUCACACAUUGUAUUUGACGCAGUCAGUGUUGGCAGCAAUCCAAACGCAAACCCAUUGUGCGGAAAGAAGAUCAGGGCGCGAAAGGAUAACAAGAGUGUGGAUCUGACGGUCGUAGACCGGUGCACGGGCUGUCAGCCGAUGGACAUCGACGUCACCAUUGAUACUUUUGCUGAAUUGGCCGACGUCGACCUUGGUAGAGUAUUGGUGCAAUGGAACUGGCUGGAAAAUGUCCCUGCUGGAGCCCAAGCCUGA